AUGAUUGACGAGACGGCUGGCACCGGGCUUUGCCUCUGCCAGCAGGACGCCUACCUGCGUUCAUUAACCACAACCGUCGUGAGAUGCUUCCCCGUCGAAACCCCUCCUCCUUCCCGCCACCCGCAUCCACCUUUAUCUGCGGCCGCUGCCAAAGGUGUCAGAAAAGACAACAAGGCCAAGGGCGGCUCCGCCAAGCCGCCAGGCUGCAGCAGCAACACCCCUCUGGUUGCGGAGGGACCGAAACCCGCGAUUGCCGUGACAGCAGAUGGUACGGCAACAGGCUCGUCGCCAUCACCGCCAUUACCGUGCAGUGGUGGGACCCCUGGCCUGGGCCGUUAUGAAGUCUACCUGGCUGAGACGCCCAUGUUCCCGGAGAGCGGGGGUCAACCCUGCGAUAUAGGGCAGCUGUUCGUUGUCCCAUCGGCCGAUCAGGCUGUGGGGGUCCGGAGCUGGCCUGUGGUGAAUGUGGUGGCGGUGAUGUGGAAGGAGGGCGCCCUGUGCCACCUGACGGAUGCCUCCCUGGAGCCGGGAACCCGAGUGGAGGUACGGUUGGACUGGCAACGGCGGUACGACCACAUGCAGCAACACACCGGCCAGCACGUGUUCUCUGCGGUGGCUGAUUUGUUGCUGGGUGCGGACACCGCCAGCUGGGAGCUGCAUCCGCUGGACCCGGAGACCCACGGGUCGGGAGACUAUGGAUGUGUGGCAGUGGACCUUACUGUGCCACAGCUCUCUGCAGAGCAGUUGUUGGAGUUAGAGGCGCGCGCCAAUGCGGAGCUGCGGGCGCUGCGUCCCGUGACCCCCCUGGUGUUGGACCCACGGGUCGCUGCUGACAUGGAGCGCAUGGAGGUGCUGCAGCGGGAUCCCACGUUCCGAGGCCAGCUGCCUCCCGCAGACAAGAUCAAGGGUGGCAAGGUGCGGCUGGUGCACGUGGAGGGGCUUGACGCGAACGCGUGCGGAGGUGAGGUGAGUACGGGUGAAGUACAGGUCCUCAAGGUGGUGGGCGCGGAACGCACCCGGGGGCACACGCGGGUUCGUGUCAUGUGCGGCGGACGGGCGCUGGCAGCGCUGGCGGGCUGCCUAACGCGAGAGGCGGCACUCACAGCCAAGCUGACGUGUCCACCGUGGCGACACGCCGACAUGGUGGAGCUGCUGCUCAGGGACCGCCGCGAGGGCGCCAAGGCCCGCAAGCUGCUUGCGGCUGAGCUGGCGGAGCGCCUGGGGCGGGAGCUGGCGCAGGACGGCUUUGCUGCCGCAGCUUCCAGCUCGGAGUCUGCGUCUCUUGGUCUGGGUGCCCCUGACCGCCUGAGCUGGGCCGUCCUGCACCGCCCCGCCAGCGAUCUGGACUUCCUAUCGCUGGUGGCGGCGGCGGCGCUGGAGGCGGCUUCGGAGAUGCAGGUGCUGCUGCUGACCACGGACAACACGGAUCCCCAACCUCAGCAGCAACGGCAGCAGCAGGUGGCCUCAGGAGAUGGCAAAGGUGCAUCAGGAGUGGAGGACAGUUUGGAGGUGAUGUUUCUUGUGGCUGGGCGGCCUGAUCUGGUGAAGGUGAUAGGGCCGAGAGUGGCAGAGGCGCUUGGGGGACGAGCUCAUAAAGUUUAUCAAAGAUUUGAUAACAUUCCUCGCAGGUUCCAGGGCAAAGCGAUUGGCUUGUUUCGAUUACCGUCGGCUGUCCAGGCAUUCAAGGAGGCCGCGGGACUCGCAACGGUGCAUUUAUUGGCUAUCAUGAAACGCAACUUCGUCAUUAAACUGCGACCAGACCUGGCGCCCGACACAUGUCUGCUGGUCUGGGAGCUGGCGCAAAAAGCCAACUGCCCCGGCUGCAAUUUCUACCGCCACGAGCCAGUGCCGAUGAACUGGGGCCAGGAGGGUUUCUACGGUCCUCCCUACGCCCUGCUUCAGGGGAGUCUGCAGGAUCUGGCUCGGCAGCCGCCCUUUGAAAAUGCACAGAAAUUGCAAGUAAACCAACCCUUUCCAGGCUUCAAUUUCGCCAUUACCCACCGCUCCCACGUCCUUAACCUUAUCCCACCCUUCCUGGCCCCUUCCCUUGUUCCCACUCCAUCCCAUCACUGCACCCACCCUAGGAAGGGCCACGUCUGCAUCAUCCCCAACUGCAAGGAGUUCUUCAUUGCCACCGCGGACCACCCGGAGUGGGGAGCCAGCCACACCAUCUUUGGGGAGGUGGAGGACCUAUCCGCGGAGCCCUCCUACCCCUUUGAGCCCUUCCACACCGCCACAAACAGCGACAAGAUCACAACUCGCUGGUUGGACAACGCAUACGCCUUCAACCUCACGGCCAUUGAGCCCGUGGCCUUGCCAGCGCCGGCGGCCUACACGCACCUACAGCUCCAUCAGGGGUUACAGCAGCAGCAGCAACAGCAGCAGAAACAGCAAUCAGAUGUAAGACAACAGCAGCAGCAUUUGCUGUUGGACAUUCUGCCUGGUAUCAGCCCGGGGGUUCUCCUGGACAGGAUGGAAGCCUCAUCGUGA